AUGCUGCCGGAGACGGUGUUAUAUCCAAAUACUAGCAGCCUUGCUGCCGAAGUUGGUGCCACAUGCAGUGCCCCAGGAAUUGGCAUUUGGAGUGAGAUGAUUGCCAUGCUGCUGCAAGCUCUACUAGCAGCCCAAUGUCAAGUGUCUCCGUCGUCCUAUUGGCCACCCGAGUAUGAGGGUGAUCUAAGCAAACCGUAUGAUUUUGUCAUCAUUGGAGCGGGUUCAGCUGGCUCAGUGGUGGCCAGUCGCCUAAGUGAGAAUCCCCAAUGGCGUGUAUUGGUCUUAGAAGCUGGCAGUGAUCCGCCAGUGGAAUCAGAGUUGCCCGCAUUGUUCUUUGGCCUGCAACAUAGCAAAUUCAUGUACAACUACUUUACGGAACCGAGUGAGACGGCCAGCAAGGGUUUACGGGAUGGCAGAUGCUAUUGGCCACGUGGACGCAUGAUUGGAGGCACUGGCGGCGUCAAUGCCAUGCUCUAUGUGCGUGGCAAUCGUCGUGAUUUCGAUGGCUGGGCCUCACUGGGUAACACCGGCUGGAGCUAUGAUGAUGUGUUGCCAUUCUUUGAGCUAUCAGUGCGCCCCGUGGGCAAUGCCAGUCAUCCUCAGGGAUAUAUAACACUGAAUCCAUUCGAACAGCAUGACAUUGAUAUACAGGAAAUGAUCAAAAAAGGUGGCAAGGAGCUCGGCAUUCCGACUGUAACAGCAUUCCAAGAGGGCUCCGAGACGGGCUAUAGCAAUGUCUUGGGCACUGUGCAGCGAGGACAACGCAUGAGUCCCGGCAAGGGGCAUUUGGGACGUGUGGCCGGUCGUUCUAAUUUGCAUGUGAUUAAGAAUGCCAAGGUCACCAAAUUACAUUUCGAUUCGGCGGGUCAACGUUUGGUCGAGAUAAGCUUCGAGCGCCGCGGCGGCCCCAGCCAGCGGGUAAAGGUCAGCAAGGAGGCUGUGUUGUCGGCUGGAGCUAUCGAUUCGCCUGCGCUUCUCCUACGCUCUGGCAUUGGGCCACGUCAGCAUUUGACGGAGCUUGAUAUACCGAUUGUACGCGAAAUACCCGGCGUUGGGUCUAACCUGCAAGAUCAUUUGGUUAUCCCACUCUUCUUGCGACUCGACGAAGGACAUCUGUCAACAGCUGUUACCCAACAGGAGAUCCUGGAUAGCAUCUAUGCUUAUGUGAUGCAUCGUACUGGUCCACUGGCCUCCCAUGGCACCGCCUCAUUGGUGGGUUUCGUCAAUACCAACCGGACGAAUGGCAGUCCUUAUCCGGAUAUUGAAUACCAUCAUCUGUUCUUCCCACGUGGACGUCACGAUGCCCUCGAAAUGUUUGCCCACGGUCUGUCCUUUCAGGAGCAAUACACCAAGCAUUUGCAUGGCCUACUCCAGGACGCACAUUUGAUGUGCAUAUUUGUUCUGCUAUCCCAUCCCGAGUCCACGGGCCAACUUACUCUACGUUCAGCAAAUCACUUGGAUGCCCCCCGAUUGGUCAGCAACUAUCUGACCAAGCCGAAUGAUGUGAGCACAGUGCUACGUGGCAUACGCCACAUGGAGGCUUUGGUUGGAACUCGAGCAUAUCGCCAACAUCGAGCCGAAUUGGCUCACAUCCCGAUUCCAGAGUGCGAUCUUCAUCCCAUUUACAGUGAUGACUAUUGGAAGUGCUAUGCCAAAUACUUCACUGUCACCUGUUACCAUCAGUCGGGAACUGUGAAAAUGGGCGCCGACACGGAUGAGCAGGCCUGUGUCGAUCCGCGACUCAAUCUGUAUGGCAUCAGCAACUUGCGAGUGGCCGAUGCCAGCAUUAUGCCCGCCGUCGUCAGUGCCAAUACGAAUGCGGCCACUGUCAUGAUUGGCGAACGGGCGGCGCACUUCAUUAAACAGGAUUGGCAUGAUCGGAGAAGCAAUCUUAAGGAGCACGUCCACGACGAUGCAUUGUAAUCAUUCUUAAACACAUUGCUAGUUAAUAACACAUUAUUUAGUUAAGUCAUGAAAUGUGCCCACACAAUUAUGGGAAGGUCGAGAUGUCAACAAGUUGUCUCUCUUGAUUUCUCUUUCUCUCUGUCAUUGAUUUCGCACCAAUCAAUUGUUAUUCCCCAUAUGAUAAAAUGGAAAAAUGUUACAGUAAUUUUAUAUGCAAAAAGGCAACUGAAUGAUAAAAGGAAACAUUCUAGAUGUUAAAUAAAUAAGUGGCAAACAAAUAA